AUGGAGCAACAGAAACAUUUCCAUGAUGAUGGCAGCCCAUUACUUCCAGCUCCAUCUCAAUAUCGACGCUUGGUUGGCCGCCUAGUGUAUCUUAUAGUCACACGGCUAGAUUUAUGCUAUUCAGUGAACAUCCUAAGUCAGUUCAUGCAUCAGCCAAGACAAGAACACAUGGAUGCUGCCAUGAAAAUUGUUCGCUAUCUUCGGGCCACUGCCAACCUAGGGCUCUUUUUCUCAUCUACCAAUGAUCUAUGCCUUACUGGAUAUAGUGAUUCGGACUGGGCAAGCUGUCUUAUCGCUCGACGCUCCACCACAGGUUACAUUACCAUGCUUGGUACACCGGCCAUAUCCUGGAAAACCAAGAAACAACAUAUAGUCUCCCGUUCUUCAGCUGAGGCUGAAUACCGAGCUAUGGCAUCCACAAUAGCCGAGUUAAUAUGGUUAAAGCGCAUCUUACAAGAACUUACAGUUCCAUUUGAUCAGCCCAUCGAACUUUGUUGUGACAGUCAAUUUGCUCUACAUAUUGCGACCAAUCCGGUAUUUCAUGAACGUACCAAACACAUUGAGCUAGACUGUCAUUUUGUUCAUGAGCAAAUCAUCAACAACACUUUUCACACUUCUCAUUUGCGAAGCACACAACAGCCUGCUGAUUUGUUUAGAAAGGCACUUGGCACUGAUCAAUUUCAUUUCCUCAUACACAAGUUGGGCAUCCAGUCCCUUCAUGCUUCAACUUGA